AUGCGAGGGCACAUCCGGGUGCUCAGUGGUUUGCCACUGCCGCCUCAAGCUAAUCAACCUGUGGUCAAAUUGAUGCGAACCCGCCAAAAUCCUCUUGCGUUUGGCCGUGGUCGCAAAAUACAUUUGAAUUGUUCCAGAUCUCCAAAGGCUGCGUGUGACGGACCUCAAGCAGACCCCAGUCUGUCUCUGCGAUCACAUUCCGGAGCUGGAUUUGCACCCCACGGCUUUGUGGGUCAGGCUAUUGAGCCAAAGGCUCUGGGUGGAGUCCCUCAAGCUAACCUCUGA